AUUAAGGUAAAGUUAAUGUUGUAGGAGACGCAUGAUAUUUCGAGGCAAAGGAAUGGACAAAAUUUGAACACAAUUAAGGCAGAAGAGGACACAUCAUGAAUAGAAGAAAGCUAUUGCUAGCUAACGAAAGCACCCACCACUCACUUUUUCUUCUAGGAGUUUGCUUUGCUCUCUGCAAUACUAUCUUUUCUUUCUUUUCGUUUUAAUUAGGAGACUCAUUUUGGAGCUAACAACUAAGAAAAUGCUAUGCCCAACAGAAGCUCUCUUCUUGUUGUUCUACAAUGUCUCAAGCUCCUCCUUUCUUCUCCUUCUCUUCCUCUACUUCUCCUCUAAUUUGCUUCUCAAGAUCCUCAACUUCAUUGGCAGCUUCCCAAUCAUCCAAAGAAACCAAAAUGGAUAUGAGUAUGGUAUGUUCUCUGAUGAGGAGGAGGAGGAAGAAGAAGUAGAUAAUGAAGCCUACUAUUACUCUGAGCCGAGGGAAAGGGAGAAAGAUGACCUCGUAGCAGAUAUCAUUCAAGAUGGUGAAUCUAUUGUAUUCUUGCCUAACAAUGGCAUUCAUCAUAGAACUCAAAGUCAUGUUCAAGAGUUCAUAACCCCACAAGAGCACACACAGGCGGAGGAGGAGCACGUAGAUGAUGACGAUGACGAUGACGACGACGACAACACUACUUUUGCUAGUAAUGAUGAACCACUUUCUAUUCUUGCCUCAGCAGGUUCAGAAUCUGGACAUGAUGACUCAGAUAUGGUUGAAGAAGAAUAUAUGCCAGGAAGAGUUGCUGAUUCAAUCCAAGAUUCUGCUCAAGAUUAUGGCGGCCCCACUUCACCGGUCACCACCCGCCAACACAACAGUGGUUUGCUAGAGGACAGUGAUGAAAACUAUGGCGAUAAGUACAUUAAUGAAGGAAAAGAAAAUAAGAAGAUAGAAGAUGGAAGGUUUAUUAUUUUUGCCCGGACUCAGUUCGAAUCCAAGAAACUUCAUGUUCAAGAAAAGGAUGACGAAGAGAUAUUUGGCGAUUCAUACACUGUAGGUUCCACAUCUAAGAGCUCAUCUGAAUGGAGAAGCUCAAUUAAGGAUUCAGGUACUGAAGAUCCAUUUUCUUCUUCGUCGCGAAGAAGUUGCCCCAAAUGGGAAUCCUACACAGUUUUCCAAAAGUAUGACGAAGAGAUGAUGUUCCUUGACAGAAUCAGUGCUCAAAAGCUUCAUGAAACAGAGUCACUUAAGUCAAUUCAAGUGAAUCCAAGAUCAAUUUCAGAUAGGAUUGUUCAUAAGAUUACAACUUUGAACAAGAAGCCUACAGACAUUCGCCAAAACCCAUAUCAUGAACUGGAAGCUACUUACGUAGCUCAAAUUUGUUGGACAUGGGAAGCUCUUAAUUGGAACUACAAGAACUUCCAACGUAAGAGAGCCUCGCAGCAGCGCAAUUUUGAUCCUGGUUGUCCAGCACAUAUUGCGCAGCAGUUUCAGCAAUUCCAGGUUCUUUUACAGAGAUAUGUGGAAAAUGAGCCUUAUGAACAAGGCAGGAGACCUGAGGUGUAUGCGAGGAUGAGACUUUUGGCACCAAAGUUACUUCUAGUCCCAGAAUAUCGAGAUUCAGAAGACGAUCCAAAUGAGGAGGGAUUUGGCUCAAAAAUCUCAUCAGCUGCAUUUCUCAUGAUAAUGGAAGAAGGUAUUCAAACAUUCAUGAAUUUCCUCAAGGCUGAUAAGCAGAAACCUUGCCAAAUUCUAUCAUCUUUUUUUAGGAGAAACAUGAGAGGAUCGGUUGAUCCUGCCCUUCUCCAGUUAAUGAAGAAAGUCAACAAAAAAAAGAAGAUGAAGCUGAAAGAUAUGCGGCGAGUUCGAAAAUGCAUAAGGAAAAGAAAAUUAAAGGUAGAAGAAGAGAUGGAGAUAUUGAUGGGAUUAAUAGACCUAAAAGUGGUGUCUAGGGUAUUGAGAAUGAGUGAUUUAAGUGAAGAACAAAUGCAUUGGUGUGAAGGAAAGAUGAGCAAAGUGAGAAUUUCAGAUGGGAAACUUCAAAGAGAUUCCUCGCCAAUUUUCUUUCCAGCACAUUGACCCCCCCACCACAACAAUACUACACUGUGUUGCUUGAUGACUAGACAAUGAAUGUGCAUAUGCAUGGCUGCACAGGAAUUGAAUAUACUGGUACCCUUUCGUAAAUACUGUAAAAAUAAAUAACAAUAAUAAUAAUACUAGUAUGAAUAUCUAUGGGAGUUGGGGAAGAUGGGGCCUGCAAACCAAGUGAGUGUGCAUGUGGGUGACAUGGGUUAAUUUUGUUUGGAGAUAUAUACAUGGAAUUCAUGAAAGAAGAGAAGAGGAAAAGAGAUUGAUGGGAACGAGAGAAGUGAUCUUGAACAUUGAAAGUGAAAGACCAAAGACAAAGCAAAGAAGAAGAAGAUAGAGACAAAGGUAGCUUUAGUUUUCACUUUGAUUAGCUUUUCUUUGAAAAAAAUAAAUAAAAAAUAGAAUUUAUAUUCAUUAGGGUUUAUCUAGAAUGGAUGAUUUGAGCUGAAUCAAAAGAAGAGAACUAAAGGGCAAAGCUGUUACACAUGCAAGUAGCUGAAUAAAAAGAAAAAGAAGAAAAGCAGCACAUGGUACACACAAAGAGGAUAUGUGCAGUGUUAAUUUAUUGUGGGGCAAAGAAGAAAAGAAAGAAAGAAAGAAAAUAAUGAGAUGAAUAAAUCAGCAUUGAAUAUUGAUUUUCAUCUUGAAAAGGAGGAGAGUUAUUUUUGUUCUAUCAAAAGCUAAUACUGUAGCUGGAUCAUCAUUAGCUGUAUUCUUUUUUUAUUAUUUAUUUUUGAGAAAGCAUUGACCCAUAAAAAGGUUGACCAUUAUAUGUUUGGCCUGAGAAAUAAUAUUGUUUCGGGAUGUGGUAGAUAUUGUUCCUCUUAUAAUGCUACAAAAGAUCUCUCUAGUCAA